AUGGCCACAUCCAGACUAUGGCUCAACUACCUUCUUGUUGGCCUGAGCUGUCUCUUUUCAAUCGCUAUUUCUCAAUUCCCUCCACGUGUCGCCAAUGACACCAUAAUCAACAUCUCUUCACCAAUAAACUCAAACAUCACCAUCUCAUACAAGAGCGUCCCCGUUGGUACAUGUACCACCGUUUUUCGUACUCAAAAGCAAUAUUCUGGCUUCAUUACGUUGCCACCUGAUGUCCUAGAUCCCAGUCAAGGUAAUUACACCAUCAACACUUUCUUCUGGUUCAUCGAGGCAAGGCAGUUGCCGGAAACGGCCCCUUUAACCAUCUUCAUCAAUGGCGGCCCGGGUUCGAGCAGCAUGGUUGGUCUUUUUCAAGAGGUCGGUCCAUGUCAGAUGGUAGAGAUCUCUAAAGAUCGUCUAGGAACCACGGCUCGGGACUGGGGAUGGGAUCGUGGAAGCAAUCUGAUUUUUCUUGAUCAGCCUGUCCAGGUCGGAUUUUCAUAUGAUACAGCUACUAAUGCCUCUUUAAACCUUCUUGAUGAAACACUUCAGAUUCCGCCGGGCACAAAACCUGUCAUGCAGCCAGAAACUACAUUUAUCAACGGCACAUUCGGCUCUGGAAAUCCUGCUUUCACUGCCAACACCUCACAGAUCGCUGCGCAGUCCAUUUGGCACUUUCUGCAAACCUUCUUGACGGCAUUUCCAGAGUAUAACACUGACCUGCGUCAUGAGGCCAAAUUGCCAGUCGCUGAGGUACAUCUCUUCACCGAAAGCUAUGGCGGAAAAUAUGGACCUGCUGUGGGUUUGUUCUUCAGGUCACAAAACGAUCGACGGCGGCAUGAUCUGGAUUACGCUAACAGGACUAUUGAGGUGAGCCUCAAGUCCUUGGGAAUCAUUAAUGGAUGGGUUGACUUGCUCACGCAAGCACCUUUUCAUCCCCAAUUUGCAUACCAGAAUUCGUACGGCAUCGAGGCUAUUUCACAACUUCAACAGUUGAACACUCUGAGCUCGUAUAGGGGGGCCAAUGGUUGUCAGCAGGCAACACUUGAAUGUCGAGCUUUAUCAAGUGCCCUUGAUCCACUUGCAAACGGAAACAUUCCACAAGUAAACAAGGCCUGCUCAACAGCUCAAUACAUCUGCCAAACCCAAGUCAUUGGCCCGUACACCCUUUCAGGUCGAUCUAUCUAUGAUAUAUCGCAGAAGAUGCUUGAUCCCUUCCCUCAAGCACUCUACCUUGAGUACUUGAAUCAAGUCUCUGUUCAGAAAGCACUUGGAGUUCCAGUCAAUUAUACACAAGACUCAUUAGCUGUGUUCACAGCAUUCAAUACGACGGGCGACUAUGCUCGUGGUGAUAUCAUUGCAGACCUGGUCGACCUUCUUCAAUCUGGAACACGGAUUUCUCUUAUUUAUGGUGAUCGGGACUACAUAUGCAAUUGGCUGGGAGGUGAGGAGGUCUCAUUCGCAAUAGCAGGCGCCGCUGGCGCUUCAUAUCUGCCUUGGUACUCUGCCGGCUACGCACCGAUCGUCACAAAUGCUUCCUACAUCGGUGGUGUUGUCCGCCAAUUCGGCAACUUGAGCUUUAGUCGGAUCUACGAUGCGGGUCAUCUGGUGCCAGCGUAUCAGCCAGAGACAAUGUUUACAGUAUUUGCUCGCAUAAUAGAGGGUGGAGAUAUCGGGACUGGAAACCCUAUUGACUUGUCCACAUUCACGACAAGUGGCGAUCGCAAUUCAACACAUACCAACUCCGCUCCUGCCAUGGCCGAUCCAACUUGUUAUUUGCGUGCCAUGAAUGCAACAUGCAACACAGACCAGAAGAACAUGAUUGCCAACAAUGCUGGAGUCAUCAUCAAUGGUGUUCUGUAUGAUAUGUUGGCUGAUUGGCAUGCUCCCGGCGCUGAUGCAACGACAAUGGCUGGUGUUCCAGGCACGGCUCCUCCAAGCAUGAUCACCAGCGCCCCACCCAUCACGAGAGUUUCCAGUGAUCCUCAAGGCAGUCCGAGUAUGAGAAGCAGCAUGACUCACAGCACAAGCCAUUCGGGCUCUGGAAUAGCAGUUACCAAUCCGACCAGAACAUCUGGCCUUCCAACCGGUGUUUACACCGCAACAGGCGUACCACCAACCUCCAGCAGCCCCAUCCCCUCGAGUGUUGCGGUUAUGAAGCGUCAAUUAACCCUUGCCGUCUUCUGCGAUGCGACGACCAUGAGAUUAUUCGGAUUCUGUUUGCAAGGACUGUUCCACGUUCUUAUCAUCUCUUCUGCUGUCCUCAUGUACUGA